AUGACUAAUAAUGGUGAAUUAGCGAAGUAUGACGAAGAUGAAGAUUGUUCAAAACUAUCUGCUGAACAUCCAAAAAAAUUAAUUCCGGAAUUGUGUCGAUUAUUCUAUCAACUUGGAUGGGUUACAGGCACCGGUGGAGGUAUAUCAUUAAAAUACAAAGACUUAAUUUAUUUAGCUCCGAGUGGUGUACAAAAAGAACGUAUUCAACCAGAACAUUUAUUUGUUCAAACAUUUUCUGGUGAUACUGUUAAAGAACCAUCGAAAGAUCUUCGCCUUACACGUAGUCAAUGUACACCAUUAUUUUAUGCUGCAUUUGAACUUCGUAAUGCUGGUGCUUGUAUUCAUACACAUUCUCGUGCAGCUGUUAUGGUUACAUUAUUAUGUAAUGGUCAACAUGAAUUUCGUAUAACACAUCAAGAAAUGUUAAAAGGUAUUAAAAAAGGUUCUACAGAAAAAGAAUAUUAUCGAUAUGAUGAUACAUUGGUUGUACCAAUUAUUGAAAAUACAUGUGAAGAAAAAGAUUUAACUAGUUCAUUACGUAAAGCAAUGGAAAAAUAUCCAGAUACAUGUGCUGUACUUGUUCGACGACAUGGUGUCUAUGUUUGGGGUGAUACAUGGCAAAAAGCAAAAACAAUGUGUGAAUGUUAUGAUUAUCUUUUUGAAAUUGCUGUUACCAUGCAUUUACAUGGUCUUGAUCCAGCAAAAAAACCCGAGAUAUACAAUAGUCCAUUUGUUUAA